UUGUUGUCUCAGUUCUGUGAUGGCUGUUUAAAGAGCAGAAACGUAGCGAACUUCCGAUAUUUUUUUUUUAGGUGUGAGAGCUUUUCUUUUGACAUCCGUGUUGUUGAAGAAAACCGGAAGUGCUCUAUAUGUAGAUCUGCUCGCGAGGGCCUGCGGUUACUAUUAGCGCGUUAGCAACGAGGUGUUUAGCGGCAGUGGCGCGUUUUCGAUUUCGCUAACGCAAGCAAAGCAAAUUUACCGUUUUUUAGGUGUGGAGUUAAGUUUGGGAUUGGCGAAGACAUGGGAGAUCCUUCCCUAAGCCGUGACUGUCCACUGGAUUGUAAGGUCUAUGUUGGUAAUUUGGGCAACAGUGGUAACAAAACUGAGUUGGAGAGAGCAUUUGGCUAUUAUGGUCCACUGAGGAGCGUAUGGGUGGCCAGAAAUCCUCCCGGCUUUGCUUUCGUGGAGUUUGAGGACCCCAGAGAUGCGGCUGAUGCUGUGAGGGAGCUUGACGGAAGAACACUCUGUGGUUGUCGAGUGCGAGUUGAAAUGUCCAGUGGGGAAAAACGGUCAAGGUAUCGAGGACCACCCCCUUCUUGGAAUCGCCGGCCACGUGACGAUUAUAGACGCCGCAGUCCACCCCCUAGACGCCGGUCUCCCAGGAGGCAGAGCUUUAGCCGAAGUCGGAGCAGGUCCCUUUCCAGAGAGAGGAGAAGAGAGAGGUCUUUGUCUAAUGAUAGAAACUAUAAACCUUCAAGGUCUUUCUCAAGAUCACGCAGUCGUUCACGAUCCAAUGGUCGGAAGUGAGAGUUGUUCAAGUCCAGCCUUGUCAGAGAAAGCAUGUCUGUGUGUGUUCGUCCACAACAGACUAGGAUGAUGGGAAAAGAUGGAUUUUUUUUUUUUUUUUUUUUGCCCCUAAAGUCUUUUUAAAAUGUAUUUCCCCAUAGCAUUCUGAGUAUCAUUUUUUACUUAAGAUAUCUGUGCAGAAAUGGGUAGCAAUGGGUUUAUCCUGCCUAAAUGCCUGGAAUGUAAUUUUAUGCUCUUUGGGCAGUGAAAAUUUCUGAAUGGAGUAUCUCAUGUGUGGUGAUCAUUUGAAACCAAUUUUGUAUGCUUUUUUGUUUGUACUUCCAUUAAAAAAAAGUUCCUUAUGA